AUGGCGAAGCGGCCCGCAGCCGCGACCGCGAAGCCCAAGCCGGCGAUCAAGAAGCCGGAGAAAAGCGGAAAGGCCGAGGCGAAGGCUAAGGCUAAGACCGCGAAGGAGGGAGCCGGGGGAGCCGGAGCUGUGCCCAGCAAGACGGAGAAGAUGAAAGCACCGAAGAUCUACAAAGAGCCUUUUGCCAGGAUCUAUCCGCGGUACAUCGCCUUGGCGAAGGAGACGGGCCACACUAUGGAAGAGGUCGACCAGAUCAUCACCUGGCUUACCGGGUACAAGGUCGACAUAAUCCAUGGCCACGUGUGCCGGAGAUCGGAACUCGCCGAGUUCUUUGCAGAGGCAAAGCUCAACCCAAAACGAAAGCUCAUUACUGGCAGUGUUGGCGGGGAACGUGUGGAGUCCAUCGAGGACAAGACUGUGCAAGAGCUCCGGUACAUGGACAAGCUUAUAGAUGAACUUGCGCAGGGGAAGGCCAUGGAUAAGAUUCUUCGCAAGACCCUCCAUUCGACUCUGGCCAUCCUGGCCUGGCCACAGGCCAUGAACAGAGGCCUGCUCGAUCACACGAAGGGGCGCCACAACUUCGACUUGGGAGGAGCUCUGGCUGUGGAUACUUCCAGGGACUCCAUCGAGCUGAGCCUUGCGCACUUCGAGAAGACUUGCGUGGACGCAGGCGUGAAGGUCCUGGCAGAAAGCCUCCCCCCGAACAUCGAGAACUUGAAGCUGAGCUUCGAAGGUUGCAUUCAGCUGACGGACGCCUCCCUGCGUGGUUUGGCAUUCCACCUCCCAAAGGUUAGGACCUUGUACCUCGAUUUCGUGGGCUGCGAGAAUCUGACGGAUGUGGGGCUGAAGGCGCUUGCUGAGAGUCUGCCGGACACCUUGAUGGAGUUGGAGUUGCACUUUGCUGGCUGCCAUCGGCUGAACUUUGCCGGCCUCGAAGCUUUGAGCAAGAAGCUCCAGGCUACCAACUCUUUGCGUGAGCUCAAGGUGACCUACGCCGGAACGCUCGUGAACCGAAACUUCUCGAGCAAAGCCGAGCUACGGGCUUUCGUACGGAAACAAGGCACCGCGUAG